GACUUCCUCGACGAGACCAAAACAAACCCUAGAGUGAAACCUGACGUAGUGAAACUGUCUUUGUGGAAAAUAUUUACAGAACGGUAACUUCAGUCAAGAUUGGGAAAAGAAGAAGUGACAAGCUGAGAACAGUACAGCUGUGAUCCUUAGAUGUCACAACACAGUUGUAAACUUUAAACAAAACGCUAUUAUGCAAUAUUGAAGAGUUGUGGCUCCAUACAGCGUUAACCCAAGCAAAUGUUAUUGGGCUAUUAAGUGAAAUAUCCCGUUGAAAGCGCAGUGUGAGAUAUCCAGAGAGCAUCGUUAGACCCCUACAUAUCCUUGACAGCAAGACAAGUUCGAGCUGUGUUUUACCCUGUGAGGACCUUGGCAUGAAUCUCAACGUCUCAGUGCAAUGAGUGAUUUUCUACACGAGUGGUGUGACACUGGAAUGGGAGUAGACAGCGGCAUGGUUGGGGGAGUCCCCAUUCCUAGGGGCCCUUGUAACCGCAAUCCACAGACCCAUCAUUUCCCAGACCUUUCAACAAUGGCUCUCCAGAUGGACGAUCAUAGCCCCAUUCCUAACCAACAGUCAGGCAACAGUUUGGGGCCGCAAUGGGACAGCAAUACACAUUUCUCAACCUUGUACCAAGACAGCACAGGAGGACUCUCACCAGUCGGACCAAAUUCACCCUCAUUGUGGCCACCACAGUCCAUGGACUUGGAUCUUGACAUUAAGUUGGAACCUUUGGAUGAUCUGCUUGGAGUUGAUGAUUUACUUCCUGGACACCCACUGGGCCUACAGUCUGCAGAUGAUGCACUCCUUGAUGAUGUUAUUCUGGAUGAUUUGCUCAUGCCUGAACAGUUUUCAAAUGCUGGACUUGAACAGCCCAAUUCACCCAUUACUAUGGUAACAGUACAUCCUGAUGAAGUUUUGGGUAUGAACAAAGGGUUUUCCACACCAACUUCCAGCUUUCAUUGUCCACCUACAAUGGCUCAGCCAGUAAAAGCAGAGAGCUCAUCACUUUACUCUUUGCUUGCUUCUUCGUUCCCUCCCCAAGGUGGAGGUUGGAGAGAUCCACUUCUCACAUCAUCCUCCCUGCCAGGACAACCACCCAACCAGCAGCUGGGCAGCAUAGAGGAAUGCCCAAGCUCAAAUCAGCAACAGAAUAUUUCUCAACAGCAACAACAGUGCUCAAACCAUUCUUCUGGUUCUACUUCAGCACUACAGGAACUAUUGCUUCGUUCCCCAUCAACUCCUUUAUCACCACAUAGUGUGUCCUCCCAGGGGGCCCCAUCACCUCAAGAACCUCCUAUGGGGCAAUCUGUACCAAGGCCCUCUUCCCUCUCGGCUGCAAAUCCCCUACUUUCUGCAAGGUUGUCUUCAUCAGCACCAACCCACAACUUUUCCCUGGAGCAAGCUUGGCAGCGAAGGGAGCCUAGACAGCAUCUUUUGUCAACUGGGUCUUUGGCUGAAGAAUUUGGCGGUUCAGCUUCUUCUCUAAGUACAGUGGGAGGCAUCCUGUCUCCAGCAGCACAUGAUCUCUCUAUUGAUGAUGCAGUUGAUUCUGAGGAUGAGUCUGAUAAUGAACACUAUGACUCAGAGUCAGAUAAUGAUUCAAUAGUUAGUGAAGACACAAGCAGCAUCUCAGGUUCGAGUGGGAAGAAGGAAAGGUACUUCUGGCAGUAUAAUGUGCAAGCCAAAGGACCAAAGGGACAGCGUGUGUGCAUAAGCCAGCAGCAGCGUGACCCACACAGCCUGCCAUCAAUCAUGGAUCCGGUGUUCUCCCCGCUCUGCUCAAUUCAAGGAAUAAAACACAGUUUAUCUCUAACACACAGUGGAAAGGCCCGAAGGGGCGAUGGAAAUGACCUGACGCCUAACCCCCGUAAAUUAGUGAACAUUGGCAGAGAACUCGACAAACUGAACAAGACAAUAAAUGACUUAACACCUGUAUCUGAACUCCCAUUCAACGUGAGACCCAAGUCUAGAAAAGAGAAGAACAAAUUGGCAUCGAGAGCCUGUCGCUUGAAGAAGAAAGCCCAGCAUGAAGCAAAUAAGAUCAAGCUGUAUGGCUUGGAGCAAGAGCACAAGGGAAUGCUUCUGCUUCUGGAGGAGGCUCGAGGAAGUCUGAUCAAGAAGGUAGAGAGUGGAGGGACUGCACACAUGCCUACCAAUCAUCACCAAGCCCUGCCAGGCACUCCACCGCAGAACCAUCCGCUGUCUGUAUCACAGCAUAUUGAAAAAAUUGCCAAGUUAAGGAGCAAACUCCGGAUUGCUGGCCAUACCACUGAGUUUGUGAAUCGUGUCAUUGAAAACUGUCAGAAUGGAGAUCAGAGUGGAGGACUGGAAGAGAUAACCAAAACCUUCAAUGACACCAAUUUGGCUGCCAGUCCCACAUCCAAUGGCAACAAUGGAUUUUCACCUCGCUGAAAUCUCCAAGUGGAAACACAUGUUGGUGCAGAUUGAGGUGCUUGGAGCCACCCAAACUCAUGCACCCACAACUAUGGCAAGAAUACACCAUCUCUUCAAUGCUUCACAAGGAAUUGCUGUAUUUGCAUUAAUCCAUGACUUGCAUACAUGGAUUCAGUAAUAUGCACUGAGGCCAUAGCUUCGCAAGCAACAAGCUUUAAGGAAAUUUUAAAAGUUGAAAGUGUAAAUAAGUAAUUUGUACAGAAUUAACCCAUAUACUUUACCCAAAGCAACUGCUGUAACCAGUGGGGCGAUGGAUCCCCCCAAUAGUGGGAAGCCAAAAUUAUAGUUAGGAAAAAAGGAUUGGUAGAUGUUAGAUGAUGAUUGUGAUAUAUUCAUCCAUCAGUGAUGAAUGGUACAGAUAUAGAACUAGCUGCAUUCUUUUUAGAAGGGAAAUGAGUUAGUGAGGCUUUGCUUUUUUGCACGAGACGUAGGCUGUGACAGUCAGAGGAACGAUUGAAUUGCUACAAAACAAAAAUGUUAUUGUUAAGUUUUUUCUUAACAGAUCCUGUAAAACCCCUAGGGCAGUAUUGCACUAUGUAAUUAAUCCUUAGAUUUAUUAUGUUGGAAAUUAGUCCAGGUUCAAUCAGUGUGGAAAACCAAGGCAAACUCUUCACAGAUAAGGUACUCUUUGAGGGUUCUACUGCCCUGAGGUCCACCAACGCUUGUUCAUUUGGUUAUUACUAUUACCACUGUGAAAGUAUUGUUGUGCAUUAUAGAGUCUGUGAGAACAGAGCUUUCUCUAAUACAUUAUAUAGAAUAUUUUUGUUGCAGCUUUGGUGUUUUGUUUAUAUAGAUUACAUAAUUUUUAUUAAUUUUUAAGUGAAAAGUGUAUGUAAGUUGGUCUGUAGCAUUCCUGCUGGUUGAUAUUUAUGAUAUAAGUAGUUUUAAGGUAAUAUUUGAUAGACACUUUAUAACAAGAAAGUAGAAGUGUAUGUUUCUGUACUAGUGUAAAGCUUGCCAUAGAUUUUCCAUUUUCUAAACAAAAUGAGAAUUUAUAUAGCUAAGAUUGUUGUGCAGUAUUUAUUCUGCAACCGAAGCCUAUAAUCAUGACAUGUGUUGUCUGUGACCCCCAUUUAUUGCUCUUCAGCAGGACUAGGUACUCAUUCUCUACAGAGUUUAUCCAGGCUGACAUGAUAGUUGUUUGUCUGAGGGAAUAGCAAGAAUUUUAAGUAAAACAUAUUCUUUUCUGAAUAGAAAUGUUAAGUUUAAUAUACACAUAUAGGUUUUAAAAGCAACACCUUGUUUUGAAAGUGUAUGCAAAAUGAGAACUGUGUGAUGACAUGGAAUUAUUGUGCAGAAUGUAGUUAGUAUGUUCCUCAUUAUGUAAUCCAUCAAUAUCUAGCCUUGAAUAGAAGGAAUCAAAGGCAGAUCUUUUGAAGAAAAUUAGCACAAUGUUUUAAUUUUCGCUGUUUGGAGGAUUUUUAAAUUUCAUUUUAGAGCAUUGAUAUAUUAGGCUGAAUAAAACUUUGCAGCUUAAUGCAUUUCAGGGCAUUAGCUUAGUGUUUGUCUAAAACAAGUUACUUUUUUUUUUUUUUUUUUUUUUUUUUU